CGAAAAUUUUUUUUUCACAGACAGAAACAAGAACAAAGGAUAAAAACUCCCAAACAAAAAGAGUAGUGACAUUUUGUUUUAUUGUUAUUAAUUCCCCCAAAAAUUAAAAAAGAAAAAACAUCAUUAAUGGUUUUUCAUUUCGAUCUUUCCGUUGAUUUCGGUAGCCUCAGAGUGUUUUGUUUGGCUGCCACAUUAAAAUCUAUCUUGCGUAAUUGUCGCUUCCCAUCAAAUACAUGAAAGCGAAAGAAAGAAAUUCUAUCGUUGGAUGUUUAUUGUAUAAAAAGGCUUCAUUUUUGCUCUCUGUUCUGUUUCUUUUACAGUAGAAAGAAGAGAGAGAAGCUGAACUCUGAAGAAGCUGAAAGCGUGAAAUUUAGUUUGCAAACUCACCUCACAAUUGUUUGGUGAUUUUUGGGGUCGGGUUGGCGCCAAAAAGGAAAACCCGGAAAGAAAGUUGGGAUCUUUGUUUCUUGAUCAUAUGAUCAACGGCCAUUGAUGGGUUGUGUGAGUUCGAAGCAGGCGGUGUCAGUGACGCCUGCUGUCGACCACUCCGGCGCUUUACGUGACAAUGCGCGUGCCGGUAGUUUUGGGACCAACUCUGGCCGGUCUCGGGUCGGGCUCUCGGAGCUUGAGAAGAACAGGAGCAGUGGCCGUGGGGGUAGUAAGAAGAAGAAAAAUAAUAGUAAUAGUGGGGGUGUGAGUGAUUUGGGUGGUGGGGUUGGUGGCUUUGCGCUGAGUGGGAGCGAGUUGGGUGAGUCUGGUCGGGCGAGUUCGAGAUCCGACUCGUUGAGUUUGAGGCUGGGGAAUUUACAAAAGUACAUAGAAGGUGAACACGUGGCAGCCGGGUGGCCUGCUUGGCUCAGUGCCGUCGCCGGUGAAGCUAUCCAUGGUUGGGUUCCACUUAAGGUUGACUCUUUUGAGAAGCUUGAGAAGAUAGGACAAGGUACAUAUAGCACUGUGUUCCGUGCUCGAGACCUUGAGAGUGGGAAGAUAGUUGCUCUAAAGAAGGUGCGGUUUGACAAUUUUGAGCCUGAGAGUGUUCGAUUCAUGGCAAGAGAGAUACUGAUUCUUCGAAGGCUUGACCAUCCAAACAUCAUAAAAUUGGAGGGGAUAAUUACCUCCCGAAUGUCAUGUAACAUAUACCUUGUAUUUGAGUACAUGGAACAUGAUAUCGCUGGACUUUUGUCUUGUCCAGAUAUCAAGUUCAGCGAGUCACAGAUUAAGUGCUAUGUGAAGCAGUUGUUAUCUGGACUUGAUCACUGCCAUUCACGGGGUGUAAUGCACCGGGACAUUAAAGGAUCAAAUCUCCUUGUAAAUAAUGAAGGAAUACUAAAGAUGGCUGAUUUUGGUUUGGCAAACUUCUAUGGUUCUGGGCACAAGCAACCCUUAACAAGCCGUGUUGUAACCUUAUGGUACCGUCCCCCAGAACUUUUGUUGGGUUCUACAGAAUAUACUGCAGCUGUGGAUCUUUGGAGUGUUGGCUGUGUAUUUGCUGAACUUCUCCUUGGUAAACCUAUCCUGCAAGGGAGAACAGAGGUUGAACAACUGCAUAAAAUUUUCAAGCUCUGCGGGUCCCCACCCGACGAUUACUGGAAAAAGUCCAGACUUCCCCAUGCAACUCUAUUCAAACCACAACAACCUUAUGAUAGUUGUCUUGGGGAGACUUUUAAAGAUUUACCUGCCACUGCUGUGAAUCUAAUAGAAACUUUGCUUUCAGUGGAGCCGUACAAGCGUGGGACUGCUUCCUCCGCUCUUGCAUCAGAGUAUUUCACAACUAAGCCUUAUGCAUGUGAUCCAUCAAGCUUGCCAGUAUAUCCACCCAGCAAAGAGAUUGAUGCAAAACAUCGUGAAGAGGCAAAGAGGAAAAAGAUAAGUGGAAAAGUUCGUGGGCCUGAAACAAGAAAGCCAAUAAGAAAACCCCAUGGACUAAGUAAAUUGGCACCAGUUGAGGAUACUGUUGCACAAAAUCGAGGUUCUGAGAAAAUUAAUAGUAACCAUGUCCAUAACUCAAAGCAAAGAAAUGCCACUAUCAGCGAUGGAGUGUCAAAUCUAUCUACUGAUGCAUUAGAAGAGGCUGCCCAUGUAAAGCAUUCAUCCCAAGGUGAUAUUCCUUUUUCUGGUCCAUUACAAGUUUCUACAUCAAGUGGCUUUGCAUGGGCCAAAAGACGAAAAGAUGAUGCAUCCAUAAGUUCAUACAGCAGAUCUAUCUCAAGAGGUCACGUAUAUAAUUCUUUAGAACCUUGUGCUCAAUUUCAUGCAAGAAAUAAUCUUGAUUCAAAACGACAUGAAAAUGGGGAUGUAAUAUAUGGAGGCCACAUUGAUUCUAGAGGCCAAGAUUCAUAUGAAGCUGCCAAGCAUGCUAUGCAGAAACAAUGGAGCCAGUUUGAGCGCCCAGAUUCAUUUGAUGCUUCUGAUGGAUACCACUCACAAGAGCUAUCAUUGGCACUUUAUCAAAGAGAGGAAAUGGCAGCCAAGAGAAAUAAUUUGGGUUACCAAGAUGAAGGGGACAAGGUUGAAUUUUCAGGUCCUUUGUUGUCUCAAUCACAUAGAAUUGAUGAACUCUUAGAACGACAUGAGCGACAGAUCCGCCAAGCAAUUCGAAAGUCAUGGUUCCAAAGAGGUACAACAAUAACAACAGAAAUAACUUUAUUAACUGUUUAGACAACUAUUUACAUUUAUGAUGGCUAUUUUUGGUGUUAUAACUUUCACUUCUUCCCAACCACUUUAUGGUGACAUAAAUCUCAUUUAAAGCAACCGUAAGAUUGAACUUGAUUAUCGAUCAAAGCUGUAAAUACUUGCCAGACUUUUGCCCCACAGAGUUAUUUCUCAUUUAGUUCAUGUUCUUGAACGAGAUUAUACAGUCUAACAUUAUUUAUUUAUACUAAUAAUUUGUAUUGCAGGUAAAAAGUAAUCUUCAGAUAUUCUCAGGCCUCAGGACUCAGUAAGAUGAAGCUUCUGACCAGAAGCAGUCAUUCAGGGUCCUACAAUCCAAGGGCAAAAGCGAUAGGUUGGCUGCCAUACCCAUCCAUCAUGCCAAUAACAACAUCAAGUUGAAGCUUCUGCACAAAAGUGGCGAAGAACAAAACCGAGAAACUACACUACGAUGGUACGCUGCAUGUUACAAUUCUAGGAACUCUAAUGAAAGAGGAAAGGAAGAGGGCCCCUGGGUGGCUGCUCAGUCUCUUUCUGCAAAGAACCAUGAUUAUUUUUUUCCCUUUCAAUUGAAGUUUUCGUCUCACUUCCUUUUGUUUCCUUACUUUCUUCUCAUCAAGUCUGACCCCACUAUGUAUAGGUUCAUCACAAUUGAAUUGAGAUCAGUCUCGAACAUGAUCAUGGUUCAUAAGGCUUAUCAAUGUCUGGCUUCUCUCUUUUCUCAUAUCUGUAGUUCAGUGUUACUUUGGUAGUUCUUUAGUCUUUUUUAAAGCCUUAAGAAUGGAUUUUGGAAAUGUCAAAUGUCAGGAGAAAGCCAUAGCCACACAGGGUUAGCCACCUGGAAGCGUUUAUCUACAUUCACAAGUGUUUUAGUAUCUAUUACAUGACUCAAAGAGUAUGCUCAAAGUGCAAUAGAAAGUGAU